UCUUUUUAUAAUGCAAGUUUCCUGUUGUUGAAGUUGUAGAUCACGUAAGUUUAUUAUUUGUAAACUAGAAUCUGAAUUCAUCUAGACGUGACGUAUCUUCUUUUUUUAUAAACGACUCGAGAUGGGGCGAGUGAUCCGUGCACAGCGUAAGGGCGCGGGGAGUGUGUUCAGGUCACACACCAAGCAUAGGAAAGGUGCCCCUAAGUUGCGUUCGCUGGAUUAUGCUGAGAGGCAUGGGUACAUCAAAGGAGUUGUGAAGGACAUUAUCCAUGACCCUGGUAGGGGGGCGCCACUUGCCAUGGUCCACUUCCGGGAUCCGUAUCGCUUUAAGACGCGCAAGGAGUUGUUUAUUGCCCCUGAGGGAAUGUACACUGGCCAGUUCCUCUACUGUGGCAAGAAAGCCAACCUGCAGAUCGGGAACGUGAUGCCGGUGGGCACCAUGCCCGAGGGCACCAUCGUGUGCAACCUGGAGGAGAAGACGGGCGACCGCGGCCGGCUGGCGCGCGCCUCGGGCAACUACGCCACCGUCAUCGCCCACAACCCGGACACCAAGAAGACGCGCGUGAAGCUGCCCUCGGGGGCCAAGAAGGUCAUCCCCUCCAACAACCGGGCCAUGGUCGGUGUGGUGGCCGGGGGCGGUCGUAUCGACAAGCCCAUCCUGAAGGCGGGGCGCGCCUACCACAAGUACAAGGUGAAGCGCAACUGCUGGCCGAAGGUGCGAGGAGUGGCCAUGAACCCCGUGGAGCACCCCCACGGCGGAGGAAACCACCAGCACAUCGGCAAGGCCUCGACGGUGAAGCGGGGCACCAGCGCCGGGCGCAAGGUGGGGCUGAUCGCGGCCAGGAGGACCGGCCGCAUCCGCGGAGGCAAGACGGACACCAAGAAGAGCGACGACUAGACCUUUCCGGCUGUCCUCCGCCGUGUUUAAUAAAGUUCUUCUAAACCUA